UACGCCCAUCAGCGGUUUUGCUCAUCAGAACAGAAUGUGAGAAAUGCUGGAGUCUCUCACCGGAAGAGAAAUCAAAGAACAGACUCCAGUUUCUGCUCGGUCAUUUGUGUCCGGUUACACUUGCCGAAACUCGCUAAACAAGUUUCUGGAACCCCGCCUUUGCCGCUCGCUCCACCUGUAGCCCUGUACGUAUAUAAGGAAGUCAGCACCGCAGUCAAGGGAAGCAACACCAACGAAGACGCACUUCUUUCAACUCAACAAGAACUGAGAGAAAGAAACUAAAAGCAAAAUGAUGAUGCAGCUCCCAGAGACCCCCAACCAGAAGAACUCCCUCUUCAACGCCAUGAACCGCUUCAUCGGCGCGGUAAACAACAUGGACCAGACCAUCAUGGUUCCCAGCCUGCUACGGGACGUCCCGCUAGACGAGGACAAAGAGGUAGCCUCUCUGAAGUCGGACAUGGACGAGGGGGACAUGUACAGCUACUACCAGCUGCUCAAGUCCAUCCGCACGGACAUCGAGUGGGGGGUCCGGUGCGCAUCGGUGGACGAGGGGCGCACGCGCUCAAGCUCUUCCGCGUCCACCUCAUCCACCGCGUCUUCCGCUUCAUCACUGUCAUUCGAGGAAGAGGAAGAGGAGGACGACGAGGACUUGGAGAAGCAGUUUCAGUUCCACCUGACUGGGCUGCAGGGAGUGCUGUCCAAACUCACGCAGCAGGCCAACUCCCUAACCAAACGCUACAAGAAGGAGAUUGGCAUCGGAGGAUGGGGCCAGUGAAAACGCACAGAAGCUGGGUUUCCCUCCCACUGACUUGAGCCUUUUUCUACUCCUUCAGCCGUGUCUGUGCUGUUGCUGCUGAUGAUAUUCAUGAGCAAUUAUUUAAGUGGCAGUGAACAACAGCUCCAUCUCAGGCCUGCACGGUGUGUUGGUGUCACCACUGAACUUGUCGUUUGCACUCCCAACUUGUUUAGCAUUCAGGUCCUGUCAGAUAAAACUUAUUUAAGCCUCUAUUUAAUGCUAUUUAUUACCUCACAAUGUACGUUCAAGAGACUAUAAUGCCUCAGGAAAAGGAGAAGGUGUUCGAUCCAGACGUUUGAGCCACCCCCAUCUGAGGAGAGAGAGGGGGAAUACUGACACAAGAUUCUGCAUCCUUUAUUUGUGAUGGUGAUGAUGUCGGUGUGUUCACAUGGAUUUGUCCCUCUGCUUCUUUUUAUCUGAGGUGUUUUAUUUUUGCUUGUAAGGAGGCAGAUGCUCGUCGCAUCCGUCGAUGAUCUCGUGUCCUACAUGGUCAAUGAACUGGAAUAAACUCAUCUUCUGCAAGGAGGACAGUGAGGAUUUCCAGGAGAUGAUGUCUUUGUUGUUGUUGUCAUUUAGCCUGCUUGGUAUUAUAGGUCCAUCUGUCAAAACAAGAAAUUACUUUAAAAAAAUGCACUUUUUGCAGUGUUUUUUACUGAUGUUUCUCCAAUAAACUUUUAUACAAAUGUC